AUGCCUCUAUUGAAUAAGAAACCUAUUGAAAGAUGUGAAUUACCGGCUAAUGCAAAGCUCACAGAUAAAGUGUUCUUUCUAGAAGCAAGCAAUGAGAUAUUUCUCACAUAUGAUGAAUUUUUCGAGCGGAUGAUUCAGCUCAACUCCACAUUAUUUUCAUGUGAAUUUACGGGCAAAACAGGUCUGACGUUUUUCGAGGCGCUAGAAUCGGAGAAACAAGCUAUGAGAGCGCUUGGAAAUUUUCCGCCUCAAUUGGAGCAGUCAGUCCUCUAUCUUGUCAGAAAACACUUAUGUCGAGGCCGGUUCGAGGAUCUCUUGAAUGAUGUGUCCUUGUUCAUGAAAGACCGAUAUUUUGUUGGUGAAGAAUGCUCAUACAUCGACGGUAACCUGAGGAUACCUGUGAGAAUUACCGGAGUUACCGUUGUGAAAGAUUGGCAGCCCCAAAAUAUCAACAGUAAGGAGCCGCAGGUUCCUCCUCCAGACACAUUCCGGUAUACAUUGAAGUUUCUGGAGGGCAACCCCUUCUAUCCUGACUCAGAUUCACUGCCCGAGAGUGAUGCCUUCGAUAAUACGCUCAUCCCUCACACAUCCCUACAUCGAGCUCGGAGUGUCGCCUCAAAACCGAAGUUGAAAUUAUAUUUAAAGAAUGCCUGCGUGGUACGCAAUGAGAGGUACGACAUCAAGGGAAAGAUCAGUGGCUUUAUUCAGGAAAAAUUCAUUAAUGAGAUUGAUGCACUAACAUGGAAUUCAAUAUGUGGCGGUCCACUCCCAUAUUUUCCCCAUACUCCAAUGUUACAAAGAGGACGCCAGCCAAAAUCGGCGACGACAUCUUUAACAGCAUCCUCAACGCGACACGAUUCUCCCAGUAUGGAAGGUACAAGCGAAACUCCAAAAAGAAGUUUGACGAAAGAGGGCAAAUCUCAAGGUAGAAAAUCCGACACGCCUCGUGGACUCACCGAGAAGAAGAAAAAUCAGAUUGGGCAACAGCAAGAGGAGCUUGCUUCGUUAUUCGAAAAUGCUCGCAAGUUUGGAGUUGAUUUGUCCAAAUAUGAGCAGAAGACACGGCUAUUGAGUACGAGCGAAAUCGCUGAGCUGAAACUUUUGGUCAAAUCUUCAAGGACUCAGGAGAGAGAGCUCGCCCGCGAGGCAAAGAGGAUGAAAAUGAAGGCGAAACAUGAAUGGCUAAAGAAACGGGAUGAUCUUGAUUGUGACGAUCUCAAGGCACUUCCUGUUUUUCCGGCCCUAACUCUCCCGCCUUGGUUGAGUGAUGAUGAACUCGCAGAGUACCUCGUGAUUUUACAGUUUUUCACUGCGUUCCAGGAGCUUCUACCCAUCAAGGAGGUCAGAGGAACGAAUCGCGUGAGCUUGACAGAUGUGAUUAUGGCUAUACGUUGUGCAGACCCGCAGUAUAGCACAUAUGCCGAUCUAAUGAAGAUUUUGCUGUCUGCAAGAACAGAUCGGGCCGAUGAAGAAGAUGGCGAUGAAGGACAGUCUAUCCGACAUAUACCAGCCGACUGGAUGACCUUGACAGAAUCACUGCGAUUAGUAUUGCUCACCUCCGGCUACUACACCGGGCAAAGCACUCACCGACAUCGCCUUUUCGCAAGAGGGAAUUACAAGGGGUAUGAGGAUGCUGGCUACGUGUAUCGGCUGAAUCACCCUGAAACAAUGGAAAAGUUGCGAACGAGCACCGUUUUUGAUUUGACGCCAGUUGAGCGUUUAGAGCUGAUGGAAGUCAUCAUAUAUCAGCUUUUGAGCUACAAUAAGUUCCGCAGUCGACAAGAUGAUCGUUUGUUCGAGCUUUGGGAGCAACGACGAGAGCUGAGGAAGUUGCGAAAUUGGGACUUGACACAAGAACAGGAAGCCAAGGACGCUCGAUUAGCCCGAGAGUACGAGAUUGAACUCAUUGAAGGACAAGGUCAGGAUGUUGCAAAGGAUCAAAUCAAGGAGUGGCCAGCGCCUAGUGAAGACACAUUGAAAUUAAAGCAACACCUAAAGGCUGUUCAAGAGUCGCGACGCUUGGAUCGUGAUGAAAUGGAGCAAAUGCUGCUUGCUGGCGUUGCGUACAACGAGCUCGAUUAUGGCGAGAUUAUUACAGCGCGAGAUCUACAGCGUGAAAAAGUUCAAGUCGUUGAAAUGAAGUUAUUGGAAUCGAUAUAUAAUCUCACAACAGUAGCAGGACAGCUCCACCUUGGACGUGACCGCGCUUUCCGAAACUAUUUCCUGCUCGAGUGCGUACCGUGCCUCAUUGUUGAAAAUCCCGUUGAAGCUGACAAUGUAGGAGUUUGCUGCGAAGCAACCCCCGUCGCGGAUUCUGUAAGUGGAUUCCUAGCGAGUACGGCAGUGAAGAAGCGAACCCGUCAGUUCGUGCUGGGCUGUUCGGGUAAUAUGAACACAUGUUCUGUUCAUGGUGAAGGGCGAAAACGAAGACCAAGAUGGACGUUUGUGGAUUCCCUGGAGAAGGUCGAUAAGAUCGUGGCCGCCUGUAACCCUCGAGGUGUACGUGAAAUUGAUCUCGCUGAGGAAAUCACAUUUUUUCGUCCCCGUAUUGCUGAAGUUAUGGAGAAAGUGAUCGUGGCCGCCUGUAACCCUCGAGGUGUACGUGAAAUUGAUCUCGCUGAGGAAAUCACAUUUUUUCGUCCCCGUAUUGCUGAAGUUAUGGAGAAAGUGGAGACGAAACUGGCGAAUGGUCAAUUCCAAGCGACGUUCAUGGUCGGCCAACCAGAUCCUGCCGAAAUGCAGAGUGGCGUUGAGUGGCCUAUUGAGCUACGCGAACUACUUUUGGAUCUUGAAGAGAAGAUAGAACAGGGAUUACUGGGUCGUCUGCCGUCUCACAUUGAUCGCCAAACUUGGCGUGAUGUUUUACUGGAUACAGGGGAUAUCACCACACUGAUGGAUCAAGAUGUUGUCGUUAAAGGUGCGCAAGACGACGUGAUCUGGACAAAAGAUGAACUGCCGCGACUCACUGAAAUUCAGAAGCUCGCGGUGGCUUUUCUGCAGUUAGUGCAGUGCAUCAGUCUGAAGUUCUUCCAGAAGCCCUUCAGCGUUACCAAAGUUGAUGAAACUGGCCGUACCAUUGUUAUGGCUACACCAGUAUUCUUACGAUGGCAACGAGCCCUUCUGAUGUGCGAUUCCAUACCAGCUGUGUGCCUUUUCUUGUCAACUUUAGAACCAGCUAUCAUGUGGGAUAAAAGUAGACUUCAAGCGCGUUGCCGCGCAUGUCGCCGUAAAGCAAAUGCAGAAGCGUUAGUGUUGUGUGCAGACUGUAAUAGGUGCUACCACUUCCAAUGUGCGCGUCUUGGUGCUGGACCAGCACCAUUGGACUGGUGCUGUGCUGACUGCAAAGCGAUUCGACGGAAAAUCGCCGCUGCUGAGAAGCGAAAGGCACAGAAAGAAGCUGUAACUGUACAAACACCCGAUGAGACAUUUGACGACGAACAUGUAGGAGACGAGAACAGUUUAAGUACUACGCUGGGUGAAGAAUUGCCGCAAAGCAAUGGACAUGAUACAAAUGCCGUCGUCCGGACAAGUAGCGGUAGGACUGUGCGACGAGUGCAGUACACGGACAGUAUUAUGAUACCUGAUUCUGAGCCAUCUCCACGUCCACUCAAGUCAUCCAAGCGACAGUCGACACGGUCGAAUGGUUAUUCACAUAACGAUUUUGUUUAUGAUGAUAUUGAUUAUGACAGUGAAUCAUCCUCUGUCUCACGGAGUAAAAGGAAACGAAGGAGUGAGUUGUGA